CACGGGAGCCUGUUUUGUGCCACAAAGGAGGACAGAUUUCAGAUCCACGCGUUUUAUCUCCACACCAUCUGACGCACACCACUGUUCAGAAGAAACUAAGAGAGAAUGGGGCGUCCCGUAUCGGUGGGUGCCAGUGCGUAACGACCUUUUCCCCCCUCCUCGCUCCUGCAAUAAAUCUGUUUGUUCAUCGGCGUCCUGCGAGCACAGCACCGUAGAUGCACUACGGGCUCGCACCCCCGCCCACCCCAUUUCCUGUGGCCAUGCCUGCACAUUUGGAGCGGACGCGCGCGGCAGAGAAAGGCUCCGCCGGCGUAGCGAUCCGCAACGGUUACGCGCAAGCACGCAUCGUCCCACCGAGCCGCGACGCACAGCGCGCGUCGUCGUGGGUGAGGCCGGCGUGGACCCGCGCGCGGACUUGCGUCGGAGUGGGCUGCUCGGCGUGUGCGCUAGUACUGGCCGCGCCGCUGAGGUGCGCACAGUGUUGGAACUGUGAGCCGCGCGCAUUCCCGCAGCCGCAGUCGUGCAGUCACUCGCUCGCGGGCUGCCUCGCCGAGCUGCUGCUCGCUUGCUGGGCCGCCCUCUCGCCCUUCCUCAGCCUCCUGUGCGCCUUCUUCUGGCUCGGCGUCUACCUGAUUCGCUGCGGAGUGCUGCUCCCAAGCGCCCUCUCGCUCCUCACGGCGUUCCACCUGGCGGAAGCGGCUGCGUGGAGCCUCCCGGGCGGCCCGCAUGAAGUAGCCGCUGCGCUGGUGCUCGCGUGCGCGGCCGGCGGCGCACUGAUGCUAGCGCGCCUGGACCGGGGCACGUCCGUGGUCGUGGUCGUCAGCGUGGUGCGCGCCGUCUCCCUCUUGUCGCUGCGCAAGCUUCGUCCCGCUUGGAGGCCGUACGUGGCGUACCUGCUGGGGGUCGUGGGCAUCCUCCUGGCGAGGUAUGCUGACAGGCUCCUCGCCGGCCAAGGGACACUCGAGGAGGGCUGCACCCCCGUGACUGGAGCCAAGGGAGACGUCCCCGCAUUCAAAAGGCGCAGGAGGUCCAGUUCGGUGAUAUCCACAAACAUGGCACAUAGUCAGUCCAACAGCAAGUCACAUCGCAGGACCUCUCUGCCAUGCAUCCAGAGGGACCAGAUACUCGCCCGCUCAGACUGGGAACACAAAAGAGGCUCCCGAGGAUCGCAGUCAUCAGGCACCAGUGUCAUGGUGGACAUCGCAGUGAUGGGAGAAGCGCAUGGACUGAUCACAGACCUGCUGGCUGACCCCUCACUGCCCUCCAACACCUGCACCUCACUCCGGGCUGUCAGCAGCCUGCUCACCACCCAGCUCACCUUCCAGCCCUUGCACCGGCCACGCCCCGCUCCCCUGCUUAACCCCUUCGAUGCCUACGUCUACUCCGACUCCGAGGAGGGACCCGAGAAGGGAGAGAAGACGUCCAUCCAUAAGCGUCUGAGGCGGAGUCUCCACCCGGGUCUCCUGAGGAGGAUCUCCUCCACGUGGACCACCACCACCUCCGCCACAGGCCUGCCCACAAUUGAGCCAGGACCUGUGCGAAGGGACCGCAGCACCAGCAUCAAACCCUACCACGAAACACUCACGUGCAGUUGUGGACGACCAUACAACAGACUGAGCCACGGGGAGGGCUCAAUAGACAAGGGAGACAGGAUACCACGCUCAGUAACAGCUGAGGAUCAAGUAGUCGUGUCAUCAGACUAUGACAGCACCCACGAAGCCAACCACAGUGACAGCAGUGAUGUAGCACACGCGGAGGAGGACACAGAAGAAGGAAAAAAACCCUCCCAGAAUGUCAUUCUCCACCCGCUAAUACCUCCUGAGGACAAACCCAUUCUGGCCCCAGAGCCGCUAUUAAUGGAAGAUUUAGAGCCUAUGAUGGGUCAGCUCAACAAUUGGAACUUUCCUAUCUUCGCCUUGAUGGAGAAGACUAACGGCAAAUGUGGACGAAUCCUAAGUCAGGUCUCUUACAGGCUUUUUGAGGACACUGGUUUGUUUCAGACCUUCAAGAUUCCGAUCCAAGAAUUCAUGAACUACUUCCAUGCCCUUGAGAAUGGUUAUAGAGACAUCCCAUAUCACAAUCGGGUGCACGCCACAGAUGUGCUCCAUGCAGUCUGGUACCUCACCACACAACCGGUUCCGGGUCUACCCAACUUCAUUGCUGACCACAGCUCUGCAAGUGACUCAGACUCCGACAGUGGAAUAACUCACAGUCAUAUGGGCUUCCUGGUGUCAAAGACAUACACUGUGUCAGAGAACGGUUAUGGCUGCUUAUCUGGCCUCAUACCGGCUCUGGAGCUUAUGGCUCUCUACGUGGCUGCUGCCAUGCACGACUACGACCACCCCGGGCGGACCAACGCUUUUCUCGUGGCUACCAGCGCCCCACAGGCGGUGCUCUACAAUGACCGUUCGGUUCUGGAAAACCACCACGCUGCCUCAGCCUGGAACCUCUUGUUGUCCCGACCGGAGUUCAACUUCCUCGUCAACUUGGAUCACAGGGAGUUCAAGCGAUUCCGUUUCCUGGUCAUUGAGGCCAUACUGGCCACAGAUUUGAAGAAGCACUUUGAUUUUCUUGCAGAGUUUAAUGCAAAGGUGGGGGAUGAUCCAUCAUCAGGCAUCGAUUGGACCAAUGAGAAUGACAGGUUGCUGGUCUGCCAGAUGUGCAUAAAGCUGGCUGACAUCAACGGGCCACUAAAGUGUAAGGACCUCCAUCUACAGUGGACAGAGGGCAUUGUCAAUGAGUUCUAUGAACAGGGUGAUGAAGAGGCCAAUCUGGGCCUCCCCAUCAGCCCCUUCAUGGACCGAGCCGCACCGCAGUUGGCCAAACUCCAAGAGUCAUUCAUCACGCACAUCGUGGGACCCUUGUGCAAUUCUUACGACUCGGCUUGCCUAAUGCCGGGACGGUGGGUGGAACCUAAGACGGAUGCCGAGGAGCCUGAAAGCACAGAGAACGAGGAGGAGGAGGAGGAGGAAGACACGGCAGAGGAAGACACAUCCACCGGCUCGGAGUCAUCACAGAAAACAGCAAAGAAGAGGAGGCAAGUGUUCUGUCAGAUCACCCAUCACUUGCUGGAGAACCACGAGAUGUGGAAGAAAGUGAUCGCAGAGGACGACCAGAAGCAGGGUCAAGGAGCAGAGGCGGCCCACGUGAACAGUGUAACGGAGGCCAUUUUGGCGACUCAUGAGGAGGAAGAAGAGCCCGGCAGUAGAGAGGAGCUGGUUGAAGGGGAGGAUCCCGAGGAAGGGGUAGAAGAGCCCGAGUGGCCUGCGGCGCCGUAGGAAGUGGAGGAAGAGCCACAGUGAACGUGACUUCCAUCCUCUGUCAGGAUUAAGACAAGUUUUUCUCCUUUUUUUCUUAUCCUAUUUACUGAAUCCAUUUUUUUUCUUUUUUUUGCCAGCACAUCACUUUAGACACAACACUGUAGAUUGGGAAAUGUGUGCCUCAGAAUAAAAUAAAACAGGGUGGGAAAUUUUGUGCUUUACACGUUUUAUCUAAAUAUUUGAGUUCACCAAACAUUUUAAAGGAGCUUUCCGUCUUGCAAUACGAGAUUAUGCAUGUCCUUUGGAAUACAGACUCUUUUCUUACUGUCAAGAGAAGAGGCAGACUGGCUACACAGACCUCAACCGCGUGUGCUAACACGGGAUCGAUGAAAUUUGCUGCCAAUUUAUACAGGAUUAUUUUCUGAAUGCGUCCGUCGUCCCAGUUGUACUUGUGCUUCAAUUUCAGCAGGGGUUUUUGUGAGUGGAGGUCGCAAAUGGGCCAUGAUAUGUUGAUGGUGUCUAAAAGAAUUCAAAUCAAAUGAGGAACAUUGUUGUAACUGUCAUUCCUUCAACCUCGGCCGUCGUGAAUCACUCGCACAAUAAAUAUUUAUAAAUGUCAUUCUUUACAUUUUACGUACUGUGUAGCCAUUUAUGUUUUAAGUGCAGAUCAUUCAUCCUCAUAACACUCUGUAAACUUGUCUCCACGUGAACGAUUCCCCUUCCUGAAGACAUGAAUAACAUUCUCCUCGGCGUUGGGAAUUCUAUAAAGGAUCAAAAACGGGAAGUGUUUUUCUGGACAGAUUUGCACAGUCACGAGACACCAAACUAAGUGAAACAUUCUAAAUGCAUUUGUAAUAUCUUAAGGAAACGAGAAGUCCGUCAUCAAUCCAUGAGAUGAAAUUGAGAGGCUAUAAAGGUAAUAUUUCAUCGAUGGCCUUUUUUUUUCCUUUUCCAUUAUUUCUUUAUGGCUCCGAAAUCUGUAUUCUCUGUGUGUAAUCAAUUCCUCCAUAUGUGAACCUUUAACCCUCAGGAAACCUUCAACUGUUGAGAUUCAAAAAAAAAAAAAACUCUUCUAUUGACAGUAACAGUGUGCUGCGACAUUAUUGCAAGCUACUUUACAUGAUGUCCAUAAACACACAAUGAAGCACAGGAAGUAUGAAAUCAGGGAGCAAAGUUAAGAAUAACUAUACACAUCAUACCGGACGAGUCUGGAUUGAAAAAAAAAAUACUGUAGGUUCACUCUUCAGGAAAUCACAUCCCCGGCACAUUACUUCUGUGCACUCAACUCAAGAUAGGCCGAGCACCCGUUUGUACCCUCACACUGUUAAAAAAAAAAAAGGUACCGAAAUGGUCCCUUUGCCAGUUUGGACCAUUUCAGUCCCUUUACUAACCAAAAUAAUACAUACUUGUGCUCUGGGGAUCGGGUGUGAACACUGUAGUGUACAUCAUAAGAAGUUGUACCUUGAAAAAAAACAGAUCACAACAGUUCAAUUUUUCUGACAGUAUAUGAGUACAAUGCAAUUUCCAAUCACAAAUAAAAUUACAUUUAAAAAAUGAAUAUAUUUAGAAUAAAUUCAUCAGAAAUUAUACGGGCACUUAUGCAUACAACUCUGUAAAUGAAAAAUAAACAUGGUGACAAAACUGAUUUCAAGCUGAAAAUGUCCCACUUUGUCAGGUUGAGAAGGAAAACAAACUUGAAAAUUGAGUUAAAUCUGCGUCAUGAAGUAAAUGGUUAAAUGAUGAGAGAAAUUUAAUGUGUCGCUGCACGGAACUAUUAGCAAGACUUAAAUCUGGGAUCCCAUGUACGAUUGUUCCUUCACGUUCAUAUCGGCAGGCAUAUUGCUGCCUUCUUUCCAUUUCGAUGUAUGGGUGACUCCACUGCAAAGGAGGCUGCGGGAUUCGAGAAGGGAUUUGACUGCCUUGUGAAUGUAUAAUAUAUGGAACUAAGGAGAGUUCAUUUCGACGCUUACAUGUCCAAUGCUGUCCUGUUUUUGAUGCGGCUGUACGGCAAACCAGUGAACUUAGUAAAUGUUGGUAAGGUGAUGCAUUCAGUUACUUCCUCUGAGUUAACUCAGAUGAGAUAGUUGCUCUCCAAAGAUCCUGUGUGCAUACAGUAUUUCUCCUUGUGCUUCCACUUUGACCUAGAAACUGCUUUGUAGCCAUGUUCAGUGGCAACGAUUCGCGUUUUAACAUCUAUCACAUAUUUGUCACGUCGCAAAGACCAUUAAACUAAUUUGGGUUGGAGGACAGCACAUUUAAGUCAA